CCAAGUGCAUUUUCCUCUUUUCCUCCGUGGAUCCCCACCAAAAACUCUUCCAAAGCCUAUCGGUUUUCCUCAAACAAGCCUUUAGGUAAGGGGGCACACUAACUACAACAGCUGGAUGGAUCUAAUGGAGAAAACUCUGUAUGAUGCUGCUACACAAGGCGACGUUCAUAAACUUUCUGAGUUACUUGAAAAAGACCCUCUCAUUCUUGAUCGAGCAAUUUUAAAUUCUCCACAUAAGACUCCUCUACAUGCAGCUGCUUUUCUAGGGCAUGUAGAGUUCGUAAAAGAAGUUAUGAAGGUGAACUCUUACAUGUGUUUACUGCGUGAUAAGGCUGGAAGGAACUCUUUACACCUCGCUGCCAUGAGCGGCAAACUAGAGGUCUUGAAAGCAAUUAUUGAUUCCACCCCCCAAGCAGUUAGAGAAAAGACAGACGACGGAGGGACCAUUCUACAUUUGUGUGCCAAGUAUGGUCGGCUGGAAGCAUUGAAGAUGGUUGUCAAUGCUAUAGAUGAUCCCGAUCCUUUGAAUGCUAUAGAUCAUCCCGAUCUUUUGAAUGCUAAGAAUGAUGAUGGCAUGACAAUUUUACAUAUGGCAAUAGUCUACAGGCAGACUGAGACGAUCAAAUACUUGCUUGAUGAGGCCAGAGUUGGGGUGAACAUCAAGAAUGCAAAUGGGAAAACAGCUUUAGACCUUUUGUCGGCUCAGGGUAAAAUCAGAUCCGAAAUUCGAAGCUCUCUUCAAAAGUCCGAAGCCUUAAGAGGCGUGGACGUUCUUAAUGGAGAACAGACGUUCCGGACGCUGAUGGCAAAGAACAGAAAAACUAUUAUGGUAGUGGCUUCGCUCAUAGCAACUAUGGCUUUUCAAGUUGUGGUGAACCCUCCAGGAGGGGUAUGGCAAGAUGACUUAUCGGAAGGACCUAAUCCACAUAAAAUAGGAGAAGCCGUCAUAGCCAAGACUCAUCCCGCGCUCUGCCGGCGUCUGAUUCGGGCAGCUAGCACAGCAUUUGUUUCGUCCUUGACCACAGUUGUAUUGCUCAUGGACGAGUCGAGGUUUACUAGAAGUAGCAUGGUCUCGCUCGUGGUUUUACUUCGUAUUAUGUCGGUGGCAAUUAUGAGCCUACUUUUAACGUAUGCUAUAUCACUUGUUACGGUUGUACCAAAAGACAUUAGAGGUAAGUUGAGUGAGACAGAUGUGAUUGUGCUUAUUGUGGUCAUGGCGUGGAGCACUACAAUUUCCUAUGACUCCUAUUAUAUCUGGCAUCUGAUCAAAAACUGGCGGACUAUAGUCAUGCCACCCGUUAUGUCUGCUAUUCGGGAGGGAAGAACUCUAAAUAUUGCAGAUCUCCAGAGGGAAAUUUACCUGAGGGCUCUAGUAAUCCAACAGCCGGGGGGCCAUGGAGUGGAUGCUCGACCAGCCGCGUAGCUUCCUUGGGUUUUAAUGCCAAAAAAAAAAGCCUUGAAGAUCUCAUAGCCUGUUUAAAUUGCAAGUUUUUAUAUUUUUUGUGAAAAAAUAUGCUAAAGUAUAUGUGAAA